UCACCUGGGAGACAAUGCUGAAUGUUCCAUACCAGAGACUCGACCUCUGGGAGGCAGGGACAGCAGGCCCAGCCAGCCCAGAGGACUCUCUGUCCACAGUGUAAAUGAAGACGCCGCUGGCCCAUGUCCCGCAGGGAUGUAGAGAGCAGCCUCAGAGGCACUGGGCACUCCCGGCACCAUGGAUGAUGCUGCUGUCCUCAAGCGGCGAGGCUACAUCAUGGGAAUAAAUUUGGGAGAGGGCUCGUACGCAAAAGUUAAAUCGGCUUACUCUGAGCGCCUGAAGUUCAACGUGGCGGUCAAGAUCAUCGACCGCAAGAAAGCCCCCACAGACUUCUUGGAGAAAUUCCUUCCCCGGGAAAUUGAGAUUCUGGCCAUGCUAAACCACCGCUCCAUCGUCAAGACCUACGAGAUCUUUGAGACAUCAGAUGGCAAAGUCUACAUCGUCAUGGAGCUUGGGGUCCAGGGGGACCUCCUGGAGUUCAUCAAAACCCGGGGAGCCCUGCAUGAAGAUGAUGCUCGCAAGAAGUUCCACCAGCUCUCCUCAGCCAUCAAGUACUGCCAUGACCUGGAUGUUGUCCACCGAGACCUCAAAUGUGAGAACCUUCUCCUCGACAAGGACUUCAACAUCAAGCUGUCCGACUUCGGUUUCUCAAAGCGCUGUCUGCGGGACGACGGUGGGCGCAUCAUCCUCAGCAAGACCUUCUGUGGGUCAGCGGCCUAUGCUGCCCCAGAAGUACUGCAGGGCAUCCCCUACCAGCCCAAAGUGUAUGACAUCUGGAGCCUGGGCGUGAUCCUCUACAUCAUGGUCUGUGGCUCCAUGCCCUAUGACGACUCCAACAUCAAGAAGAUGCUGCGCAUCCAGAAGGAGCACCGAGUCAAUUUCCCCCGCUCCAAGCACCUGACGGGAGAGUGCAAGGACCUCAUCUACCGCAUGCUGCAACCAGAUGUCAACCGGCGGCUGCACAUCGAUGAGAUCCUCAGCCACUGCUGGGUGCAGCCCAAGACACGGGGCCUGUCCUCUGGAGCCGUCAACAGAGAGGGUGAGAGCUCUCGAAGCAUUGAACCCUCCUCCAUCUCUGAGCACGUAUCUGAGAAGAAGUCCAUCAGCAAGUUAGAGCCCCAGGAACAGUCUAGGUCCCAGGCACUGUCAGACACAAAACCCGAAGAAGAGACAGUGCAAAUGCAAGUGUCUCAUCAUUCAGAUGCCGAAGGUCUUGCUGAGCAGUCGCUGAACAAGGAGGCAGAGGAAGGGGACCCCCCUAAGUCUCCAGAGAUGCAGACCUAGCACACCUAGUGACCUUCAGUGGCCCAGGGGGCCAGGAGGCAAUGCAGCAUAACUCAGGGCUCUGAGCCUGACUUCUGAAGAUUCCAAGAAACCAGCCAGAGAAGGUAGAUAGUCCGGGAUGAGCCAUUAUUUUCGUCAGUUUCCUCUCCCUCCCUUUGAACUUGGUAACCCCCAUGUUGAAAGAAGCAAUAAAUGACUAUAUUAAUGCAGA